AUGGUGACUGAGGAUACUAUUUUUGUGGCCAAAAGAAGACUGAAAUGCUACUCCAUUCACCUUGGAAUCCUUCCCUUCAUAGUGCUUGUCUCAAUCUUCUUUGGCUAUGGCUUCCUGAGUCACAGAUUCCAGGUGGUGUGGAACCCAGGAGGUGAGACUAGCAUGCCUAUCAGACAGCUGGAUGUCCAGGAAGUUGUAACCAUGUCAAGGAUGGCCUUUCCACAGCCAAAAGUGCUGACACCUACUAGGAAAGAUGUUCUUGUCUUGACUCCUUGGCUGGCACCCAUCAUCUGGGAGGGGACCUUCAACAUCGACAUACUGAAUGAACAGUUCAGGCUUCGGAAUACCACGGUUGGACUGACUGUGUUUGCAAUAAAAAAGUAUGCGGUAUUCCUUAAGCUGUUCCUUGAGACUGCAGAAAAAUACUUCAUGGUGGGACAUAAGGUCAUCUACUAUGUCUUCACUGACCGUCCAGCUGAUGUGCCACAGGUGUUCCUGGGUGAAGGACGGCAACUGGUGGUGCUAACUGUGCGCAACUAUACUCGAUGGCAGGAUGUGUCCAUGCACAGGAUGGAGAUGAUCAGCCACUUCUCAGAGCGGCGCUUUCUACAUGAGGUGGAUUACCUGGUGUGUGCAGAUGUGGACAUGAAGUUCAAUGACCAUGUGGGUGUGGAGAUUCUCUCAGCACUCUUUGGCACCCUGCACCCUGGCUUCUACAGAGGAAACCGAGAGUCAUUUACUUAUGAGCGAAGGCCAAAGUCCCAGGCCUACAUCCCCAGGGAUGAGGGCGACUUUUACUAUGCAGGGGGAUUCUUUGGAGGAUCAGUGGUGGAGGUACACCAUCUCACCAAGGCCUGCCACAAGGCUAUGGUGGAGGACCAGGCUAAUGGCAUUGAGGCUGUGUGGCAUGAUGAGAGCUAUCUGAACAAAUACCUGCUUUACCAUAAGCCUACAAAGGUGCUGUCCCCAGAGUAUGUGUGGGAUCAGAAGCUGCUGGGCUGGCCCUCCAUCAUGAAGAAGCUGAGAUAUGUGACUGUGCCCAAGAACCAUCAGGCAAUCCGGAACUGA